CGUCGACCGCCGCCAUGGACCCGCGCUUCCCGCCGCCGGCGCCGUCCUCCGCCGGAGCGGGCGGGCGCGGCCACAGGCGAGCACACUCCGAGACCUUCAUCCGCUUCCCGGACACGGACCUGCUGCUCGACCCCGACAGCGACUUCUCCUUCUCCGACAUCGACUUCCCCUCCCUCUCCGACGACUCCCCCGCCGUCUCCUCCAACCCCGCCUCGCACCCCCCGCCGCUGCCGCCGCACGGGGCUGCCGCGGCCGCACCCCCGUCGCCGGCGCCGCGGCCGCCUGGCGCGGGUGGCGCGCACAUGAGGAGCCUCUCGCUCGACGCCGCCUUCUUCGACGGCCUCACGCUGCAGGGAGGGGGAGGCGGGCCCGGGCAUAAGAGGAGCGGCUCCAUGGAUGGGGCGAGCUCGCCGUCCGAGGGCGAGUCCGCGCUCUCCGCCGGACUGCCGGACUACGCCAAGAAGGCCAUUCCCGCCGAGAGGCUCGCCGAGCUCGCGCUGCUCGACCCCAAGCGCGCUAAGAGGAUUCUCGCCAACAGGGUAUCGGCGGCCAGGUCAAAGGAGAGGAAGAUCAAGUACACUGGCGAGCUGGAGAGGAAGGUGCAGACGCUGCAGACAGAGGCCACUACGCUCUCCGCACAGCUCACGCUUCUUCAGAGGGACACUUCUGGUUUAACUGUCGAGAACAGAGAACUCAAACUCCGGUUGCAGUCCAUGGAAGAACAAGCCAAACUUCGAGAUGCUCUGAAUGAUGCCCUGAGAGAAGAAGUCCAGCGGCUUAAGAUAGCGGCAGGUCAAGUUCCAAGCAUGAACGGCCCUUUUAACGGAGGACUACAGCAUCAGCAACAGAUGUCGAACUAUUUCUCACAGCAGCAGCAGCAGCAGCAGCAGAUGCAGUUCCUAGGCCAACAAGUUCGUCAGCAGCACCACCAGCAAAACCAUCUCCAGAAUUCUUCAAAUGGAGGCCAGUCGCUGAGCGGUCAGUCCCUAAGCGACUCCAUGGAUUACAUCUGAGGAGAAAGAAGGCACAUACCGACCACAACUCGGUAGCUGUAAAGAUAACUGAUGUAUACCGUAUGCACAUGAAUCAAAUUAUUCCUAGGGUAGCUAGCUGUUCUUUGUACCAUUAAUCAAGAAAUUUCAUCCAUGUAUCGUGGUCCAUUGUCCCUUCGAUUUUUCUUUCUGGGGCCAUGCAUGCCUUGGCCUGAAGUCUGAACGAAAAAUGCUUAACAUGUUGCCUGUAGUUGUCACCCUGUAAAGAUGUUAUGGUGAAUGAAGUGGUUUUCUGGA